AUGAAGUUCGAGAAUGUGCUGGCAGAGAUCAGUGGCUUUGGGAAAUUCCAGAUGAGGACAAUCGCCUUGUUGAUAAUUCCUCGUAUGACUUUGCCUUUUCAUUUUCUACUGAAUAAUUUCAUUGCAGUUGUUCCCUCUCACCACUGCAACGUGAGCGCUUUGGAUGAUGGACCGAUUUUCGGGAAUCUAUCUCAAGAAGAGAAGGUCGUUGUUAGUAUUCCUGUUCAGCCAAAUGGGGAUCCAAGCUCCUGCCGGAUGUUCCGAGAGCCCCAGUAUCAUCUGCUUUUUAACGCUGCCAACACCACUGAUGUUUCCACGAUGCCAUGCGAGAAUGGCUGGGUGUACGACAACAGCACCUUCAGGUCCACUCUGGCCACAGAGUGGGAUCUGGUUUGUGAUAACAGAAGCAUGAACAGAGCCACGGCUACCAUCUUCUUCAUGGGGGUCAUGGUUGGAGCAGCAGUGUUUGGCUAUCUUAGUGACAGGUUUGGCCGCAAAACAACCCUCAUGGUGUCCUACAUAGCGACCACCGUCUUUGCAUUCUCAAGUGCUUUCUCUACUAGUUUUCCUGCAUUUGCUGCCACGAGGUUUUUAACUGGAGUGGCAAUUUCUGGAAUAAGUUUAGUCUCCAUCGUCCUUUGUGUUGAAUGGGUGGGCAUCAAGCAUCGAACUUACGUGGGUGUUUUAAUGAGCUUGGACUGGAGUUUCUCAACUGUGAUACUUCCUGGCCUCGCCUAUUUUGUGAAUGAUUGGAGGAAACUGACUUUUACUGUGACCACCCCGCUGCUGGUUGCUAUGUUCACCUGGCGAUGGCUCCCAGAGUCUGCCAGAUGGUUGCUCAGUAGCGGUAAAGUGGAGCAGGCUCAUUUUUACCUUAAACAAUGUGCACAAGUCAACCGCAGAGAGGAGUUCAUGGCUGACUUAAAGCCUGAGCUCCUGUCCAAAGUCAUACUUUCAGAUGAUGAAAAUAGGAAAUAUUCCUUUCUGGACCUUGUGAGAACUCCCACAAUGAGAAAACUGGCUCUUCUCACUGGCAUUGUUUGGUUUGGAAUUAACUGCACGUAUUAUGGCAUCAGUCUGAAUGUCCCGGGGUUUGGUGUGAACAUUUACCUCACACAGUUCAUCUACGGCGGAAUAGAAGUUCCAGCAAAAAUCUUCAUAGUUUUAUCUUUGAACAGAAUUGGUCGAAGGUUGACUCAGGCUGGAACACUUAUUCUGACAGGACUGUGCAUAUUCUGCAACUUUUUUAUCUCCCAAGAUCAGUGGGCUUUAAAGACAACCGUGGGAGCUUUGGGCAAGAUGUUCUCUGAAGCCGCAUUUACUACUGCAUUCUUGUACACAACAGAGAUUUACCCAACAGUCAUGAGGCAGAUCGGAUUAGGUCACAGCUCCUUCAUGGGCCGUCUGGGCGUCUCUGUGUCUCCGCUGAUGAUUAUGCUCGAAGACGUGUGGUUCCAUCUGCCAAAUAUCAUCUUCGUUUCGGUGGCUUUAAUCGCAGGACUGUCAGCUUCUUUUCUCCCGGAAACCCGAAACGUCCGUCUGCCAGAAACCAUUGAGGACGUGGAACGGACAAGGAAAAUCAGCAAAAUAGUGAAAGACCAAAGAAGCCAUCAGGUGCCCAGUUCAGAAAAAGAAGAGGAGAAACGGGCAAAAGAUAAAGAUAUGCAGAUUUCUAUGAAUAACUUCAAUGCCAAAGGUUGCUCUGUCUGCACUUGUCCGUUAUCUACCCCUCAGUGCACAGGAGGAAGUUUUCUUAUUUUUUUGUUGGACUCGGAAGAAGGAGCCACAAUGAAAUUUGAGAAUGUCCUUGCUGAUAUCAAUGGAUUUGGAAGAUUUCAGGUGACGAUCGUUGUGAUCAGCUUCCUCAGUCGCUUCUCGCUGCCCUGCCACUUCAUGCUGAACAAUUUCAUUGCGGCUGUUCCUGCCCACCACUGUGACUUCAGCUCUCUGGACGAUGGCGAUAUGUUCAUGAAUCUAUCCCAUGCCCAGCGGGCGACUGUAAGUAUUCCUGUCCAGCAGGAUGGGAGUCUGAGUUCCUGUCAAAUGUUUGCGGAGCCUCAGUAUCAUCUGCUGCUCAACUCCUCCAGCACAGCUGAUGUGGCCACCACGCCCUGCCAGGACGGAUGGGUGUACGACAAAACCAUCUUCCAAUCUACUUUGACCUCAGAGUGGGACCUGGUGUGUGAUAGACGAGGGAAAAACAAAGCAACUGCCACCAUCUUCUUCAUUGGAGUUAUGUUUGGAGCCAUUACCUUCGGAAGCUUGAGUGACAGGUUUGGAAGAAGAAUUAUGCUGCUGGUGUCCUACGUCACUGGAAUGCUGUUUGGUAUUGCAAGUGCUUUUUCUACAACCUACGUGAUGUUCGCAGUGCUGCGGUUUUUCACUGGAUUUUGCAUCACUGGCCUCGUCAUCGUCUCAACCGUCCUCAGUGUGGAGUGGGUGGACGUCGAACAUAGGAAGCUGGUGGGAUUAUUCGAUACCUUAUCCUGGACAUUUGGGAAUGCAGGAUUUCCAGCCAUCGCCUACCUUGUGACCGACUGGCGCUGGCUGACUGUUGUUGUUACAUCACCUUUGAUUUUGGCCAUCAUAGGUUGGAGGUGGAUGCCAGAAUCAGCACGGUGGCUCAUUGCAAACGGAAAACUGGCUGAGGCUCAGGUGUAUCUGAAGAAAUGUGCCAAAAUCAAUCAAAAAAAAGAAUCGAUUCCCACACUUGAAAUAGAGACUCUAUCAACUAUUGUGGUCACAGCGAAGACAGAUCGAACCUAUACCUACCUGGACUUGAUAAGAACACCUAAGAUGAGGAAACUGGCUCUGAGUACUGGUUUAUUGUGGUUUUGCGUGGCAUCUAGCUUUUAUGGCAUCAGCUUCAACAUCACAGGCUUUGGGAUGAAUAUGUAUCUCACUCAAUUUACCUAUGGAAUGAUUGAAGUCCCAGCCAAAGUGUCGGUUUACUUUUUGUUGGAUAAAAUAGGACGCCGGAGGAUUGAGGUUGGAUCUCUGGCGAUGUCUUGCGUCUGUCUCGGAAUCAAUGCGGCCAUACCAAAACAUAUGUCUGUUGCAAGAACAGUUGUUGCAGUCAUCGGGAAGGGAUUUGCUUCAGCAUCCUUUUCAACGGUUGUGCUCUACUGCUCGGAGCUGUUUCCUACUGUAGUGAGGCAGAACGGGAUGGGUUACAACUCGUCCAUGGGUCGGUUCGGGGUGGCCGUGGCUCCGCUGAUCCUGCUGCUGGACGAGGUGUGGCCGCAGCUGCCGCAGCUGCUGCUGUGCGCGCUGGCCGCGGCCGGAGCGCUGGUGGCGGCGACGCUGCCGGAGACGCGCGGCCGGUUCCUGCCGGAGACCAUCGAGGACGUGGAGCAGACGGGAACCAGUACGCCUUGACCUCACAAGUUACUCAUUGUUCAAAGUGCAACAUUAAAGCGCUCAAAGUUCAAA